CAGUUGUGUAUGUGUAUAUAUAUAUAUAUAUAUGUAUACAUGAGGGAGUGAUCAAAUCCUCAAAGAUUUACACAAAGCCUGAAAAAAAAAAAAGCAAAACAUAACCAACUGGUGCAACUUACAAAAAUAUUUUGACUUUCUUAAGCAAAUUGUUCUGCAAGUUUAGGGAAUUAGACAACAUGACUAUUCGUCAUCCUAAGGCAUCAAGGAGUCAGAGAACUUCUAAGAUAUAAUGUUCUAUUUAAGAAAAUGUAUAAAGAGGGACCCUUCCACAAGCUGGUAAGCACUGUGCCGUACUGUUCAGGGCUUUUUCACAAAGCAUGGCAUACACCAAACUCACGCACACCCUCUCUGCUGCAGGAGGUAGGAACAGUUCAGGAGCAGUGCAGGAACUGGAAGGUCAUACACUGAAAUCCAGAAGGAACGGUUUUCCUGUGCUUUUGGCACUAUGGUAAAACACAUAACUAGGUACAGAAGUAACAGCUGAAACACCAACCUUCCACAUGCAACUGUAAUCUUCUUUUAGUGAUAUUUUUCAGUGCAGCCUUUUUUUUUUCCCCCCCAAUCAUCAUAAAGGGAAACUGUACCAAUGCAUUAAGCAUCCACAAAAGCUUUCCAGAAAUGACUAUGGAAGCUCUCAUUUUGCAUAACAAAGUAGUUACAGGAACAGAAAUAACACCUAUUACCCUUCUGCCACUGUGUGUUACUUUAACCCAAACAGGUAGUGUCUCAGGGUGAAUACUUUGUUUAAAUACACUGUCUUUGUAAGUUUUCCAAGGCUGUGGGCAACUUCUCUUGGUCUGACAUCACCAACCUGCAGUAACAGUACACCACCAUCCUUGACCACGAACUCCCUGACUCGCACCAAAGCUUUGCAGGCUCUUCCUUUCAAGCAAGAGAAAUCAUUUGAAAGGGAAGGGAAUCUUUGGAUUUGUAGGUGACUUAUAAUUGAUGGCAAAAACGUUUGGUUCCUUAUAUGAGAUGGAUUUUAUUUGCCUACAUAAACCUAAGUAAUUGCAUAUGUCAAAAUACAGCGGCACACAGUGAUGAAAUCCAUGUGUGCAAUUCACAUUUGUAUAACUUUUUUUUAUUACUUUGCAAGCUUUGGGGGGAAAAAAACCCAAAAACUAUUUCUACUGAAGAAUUGUCUCUGUAUCCUACCAGUUUACCAACACUACAAUGACAAAAAUCUACACACAGCACCUCAGAUGAAAGCAUGCUGAUGCCAUACAUUGUUUCCAGAGCAACACUGAAUUCCGAGCUUCUGAUGAGUUUCAAUUAAAAAACAAAAAACAACUCCCUCCAGUAACUUCACUGCUCAGGAAACAUUUUGAGACCACUGACCCUACAGCAAUCCAGUACUCGGGGAGCCACAAGUCUCAAGGAACUCCAUUAUCCAGCCAAGCUUCUGCUCCACGUUGCCAACCUUGCUCUGCUGUAUAAACCAGGAUGGAAAGGUACACUGAUAAGUUAAUUGUGACACUUUUCCCAGCACACCAUGUCUCAGAUAACCCUGGCAAGCAAUUCAGACACCCAAGUCCUGUAGUCCCACUAGGAACCAGCUCUUGCCCUGCCCGCAUACUUCCCUAAAAUUGUUGCAGUGAAAUUCAUGGGUAACUGAGGCUAAAUCAGGUUCCCAUUUGAGGGGUUAUGCUUAGCAAACGGAAAUCCUUCCUCCAAGCACUAUUUAAGGAGAAAAAGUUCAUUACACAACAUUCUCAACAUACAAAAAAUCCCAUGUGGGCUGAAACAAGCAAUGUGGCUCCUAGAGGUUAAUUGUGCAAGACGCCAUCUCCAGUAAUGAUUGAUCUCUACUGCAAACAACAAGAACAUCUCACCCAAGGGGAGUCUGAUGCCACUUGUUGGUACACAGCAGACCUUGUAGUCACAGCCAGCAGAUGCAGCAAGGGCUACACGUUACAGCUGCCAGCUGCAAGCCAUGGCACAGCAGGGCAGGCCUAGCGCUCCUGACAGAAGGCUCCGAGGGGCCCAGGGAGCUGCUGGCUGCUGCACUGCCCGCAUGGUGCGCCUCGCUCUGCCACCCGAGCUCUCCCAGCACACCCAGGCCCUGCUGAGCUCACACCACAUCACAGCCAACAGCUCGGGACCCCUCAGAAGGGGCCAGCGAUGCACACACUGCUGGGCACAUCAGCUCUCCCCGUGUGCGUAAAUAGAAAUGCCAGCAACUCUUCUCUUCAUCACAAAGAGCUAUUUCUGCACAGAACUCGUAACAACAACCCUUGUGCCAAGUACACCUACAUUUUCCACUUACAAUGCAGACCUAUUAUAGUGGGAUAAAACCUUUUAAUCUGUUAACGAAAGCCACAGAAAUCUUUAAAAGCAGACGGUGGAUUUGUUUGCACGUGUUUGGGCACAGAGCGUGUGAGUGGGGCACAGGAUGGGGCAGAGGGCGCAGAUCACUCCCCAGGGAUGCACUCAGUGCUCACCUCACGGCCCCGCACAGGAAGAGGGAAAAUCCCUCAGGACUGAUUUGCAUCAUCUGCUCACCACCGUGCCUCGGAACGGCUCCAACUGCUUCUCUGAGUCGAAAAGCUGAGAGAAAACUGACUCUUUGAGAGGGCUGUCUGCUAUCAUCACGCAAAUGACAGAAAAUCACAAAAAAGCCAGUGCUUCCCCUGUAUUGUGCCCAGCUGCAAGUUCUGCAGUCAGCACACACUGACUUACACAUCUGCAGGCACACCAAGCUCGCUGAAGACAUCAGAAGAGAGGUGAACCCAAACUCUCAGCAGCACAGAUCCAGGCCCGGCCCAGCCUCACAAGCAUGAAAUACCAACACAGGUCCCACUGGACCCUGCCCUGAGGAGCGCACUGUGAACGAGCCCAUGGCAGCCCGCGGAGAGGCAGAAAGCACAGGCAGCUCCCCAGGGGCCAGCCCCAGAUGGGCCAAAGGCAUCCCUCAGUGCAGCGUCCCCACACCCAGAGCCAGGAAUGGGCCGAGGGCUGUCACAGGGCACAGUGUGUGCAGACCCUCACCACUGCCCUCACACUGCGCCUCCGCCACAGAGCCCCACAGCUCCAGAGCACACCAGCCCGCUCCCACCCACGGCAGCUCACAGCCCUUCCCUCCCUCCGGCCUCUCUCCAUCCCAGUCUGCACAACAAAGCUGGCCUGUAUGGGAGAUGCACAGAAAACAGACCAAACUCUGCAUUUCAAGUUAAAAAGUAAGUGGUACCGCGCAGCUUAGCCUUGCACGAUGAGCACAACAGCAUAACAUCAGCCCACAUCUGCUCAAAGCUGACCAAAGGAGCACUCCAGUUUAAGAAGUUUUGCAAACAUCUCAACAAAUAUGGUCUGAACUUUCAGCCUAUGACUAAAUCUAAAACCAGACAUUCUUAACUUGGUUUUUCACAUGGCUCUGGUGCACAGUAUGUAAAUUCCUGAGGAUUCUCAAGUACCAGGGCACUAACAAGACAGGUUUCAGUGCCAAUAUUUUAGUAGUGCCUGGCAAACCUCUAAAGGUUUUAACUCCUAAUAGAAGUACCUCCCCCCCCAGGUCACACGGUGCUCCCCCAGCUGCCCCCACUGGGCUCCACAUCCCCGUGCAUCCCCUGCCUGCACUGUAGGAAGGGAACAACCACAGCACCAGAGGGCAGCUCCACGGGGGCUCACAUCCUGCUGUCACUUCUCCAGGUAACUUUCAUGUGCCUUGGUUGCUUGAACGCUGGUUUUAAUUGCGUCAGCCAGAGCAUUUAAAAACCACAGACAUGUUAAAAAAAACCAGCAGAGACAGCAAGGGGAAAACAUUAACCUGCUCUUGCACCAUGAGAAAACAUGCUGAGAGACACCGAAUGCUAACAGACUGCUGCUCCGGAUCCUCCCAGGGCCCUAAGACAGGUGAAAGAGACAGCAAAAAUGUAGAACUGAGAACUGCCCGGCCAUCCAGCCAGCGCAUUGCACAUUGGCUUGACAGGGCACUAACCUCAAAACUUCUAAUAUACUUUCCUAAAGCGAGAUUGCUACAACAUUACCCUUCAUUUUUAAACACAGCUUCACCUGCCCUAAAGCUGCAAAGUUUCACGCGACCGUCUUUAACCAGACGCUUAACCUGAAGCAGUUUCAUAGCUUUUGUGGGUUUGCUUUUUUUCCUGAGCCUUGCAUGCAACCUGAAAGACUGCUCUUGCGGAAACACUGCUGAGAAGUCUAUAUGCUUCCAAGAACAAAUCCUAUGCAUUCCCAAACAUUUCUGACAGGAGAAAAAAGCUCUCUCAAACAUUUGUGAAGCAGGAUGAGAAAAACGCAUAUUUUGUCCUGGCUGCAUCUUCUCAUGAAAUCACACACACAAAACUCUCAGAGAACAAUGAAUAUUGCUCAGAAAAGCUGAUGUCUUCUCGGCUGUUUCUCGUAGGUUCUUGAUCUCUCCAGCCAGCAAAGCACACAAGAAGCUCACAAUGCCAAACAACGCUUCACAAUGCUACAUCAAAACAGAACUAGAACCUUUCACCUAUUUUUACUACUUGAUCUUUCUUACGGGUUUCCUGGGGAGCUGUUUUGCGCUGUGGGCAUUCACACGAAAAGGUCAGAAGCAGAAGUGUAUGAGCAUCUACUUAACCAACCUCCUCACUGCAGACUUCUUGCUGACUUUGGCGUUGCCAGUAAAGAUAGCAGUUGACCUAGGCGUUGCGCCCUGGAAACUGCAGAUAUUCCACUGCCAAGUGACAGCCUGUCUCAUCUACCUGAACAUGUAUUUAUCAAUUAUAUUCCUGGGAUUUGUAAGCAUGGAUCGUUACCUUCAGCUCAUGCACAGCUCUAAGAUCUAUCGCAUUCAAGAGCCUGGAUUUGCCAAGGUUUUGUCUGCAGUCGUAUGGACAAUGGUUCUCCUUAUAACAGUGCCUAACAUGGCUAUUCCAAUAAAAACCAUUGAAGAAAGACCUAACGCAAGGUGCAUCGAUCUCAAAACAAAAUUUGGGAGAGACUGGCACGUGUUUACUAACUUCGUGUGCACAGCAAUAUUCCUGAAUUUUUCAGCCCUGAUACUCAUUUCCAAUUUCCUCGUUGUCAGACAGCUCUACCAAAACAAAUACAGCGAGAGCUACCCCAAUGUGAAGAAAGCCCUGGUGAGCAUACUGCUGCUGACAGCAGCCUACCUGCUGUGCUUCCUUCCCUACCACGUCGUUCGCAUCCCUUACACUCUGAGCCAGAGUGACACCAUAACCAGCUGCUCUCUGAAGCAAACUCUCUUUCAAGCGAAAGAAUCUACCUUGCUCUUUGCAGUAUCAAACCUCUGUUUUGACCCAAUUCUGUAUUAUCGUCUUUCCAGUGUAUUCAGACUGAAAGUUAAUGAGGCUUUUGUGGCACCCAAACAGGCAAAGGCUUCCACAGACGAAGAGGCACAGCACCAAAGCGAGCAGCGGGUGCAAAUGUACUGAUUCUAAAGUACCCAGAAAGGAUGUGCAAACACAUAACCUGAACAGCCGUUGUGCAACUGGAAACAGCUGCUACCACCAACAUUACCACUGGAUGGAUGAGAAGACUCACAUCACCAAACCAGCAAAGCACUCGGCGUCGCUUUCUGGAAAUACUGCAGCUAUCAGUGCCAACCUAUGAACAGUCAGCAAUAAUGUGUAGUAAAGCUCGUUGAGACACACCCAAAUAUACAUUCUUAGUAUUUAUGGUAAAUACUUUGGGCUCUCCCUAAGUAAAAUAUUGUAUUCUUAACAGAUUGAAGAGCUUGGUGGAAUGAAGUAAAGAUUUGUUUCCAAAUAGCAGCUCAUGGCCUGCAAAGCUUCUCACAGACACAAUUAACCCAAAGGCAUUUUAAAGGGCAUUACUUAAUCUAGAACGCAGUGUUAAGCUGCACUGAUUAACAAACUACUGCAUCUGCUUACAUCUCACCCGUAAUUCCCAUAAAUAAACCUUCUGUUCUUGUCAAGUUCCACUGCCCUCCUGUGAUGCUACUGCGCUGAACUUAAAAACCAGCAACAUGUGAGUACAGAAGAUUCAAGGCAACUGUAAAAUGAGAAUAAAGAGUAAGCAGAAAUA